AAAUGUAUGUGUAUAAUUUUGUAGACUAGUUAGACUAUGUGUGAAUACACAUUUAAAACAUCAAGCGAUGUGUUCGUUGGCACACCGAUAGUGAGGAACAGCGUUCAUACGGUCACACUAGUGUUAUUUCGCACGUGCACAGUUUGUUGUUAACAAAUUUAACCCGCCGUCUAAAUAAACGUAAAUUAAAGUCAUGCCAGCCGCCCCAACAGCCGUGAGCAAUGGCAAGCCCACGGAACCCCACAAGUCGUGGAAGAAAGUAAAUGAAGAGCGCAAGGCAUUGAAAAGGGAGCGUAAACAGGAGAAGCUGCUCAAACAGAUGAACCAGACCAAGGAGUCUGAAGCCAAGGCAGAUGCUGCAGCAAGUGCAGCACGAGCAAUGAAGAAUAAGCCCAAUCCAUCCACUCUGAGCAUAGCAGUGCCGGGCUCCAUUCUGGAGAACGCCCAGUCCGCGGAGCUGAGGGCAUAUGUGGCCGGCCAGAUUGCUCGGGCCGCUUGCAUAUUUCGCGUCAACGAGGUGAUAGUCUUUGACGAUGUGGGCGUGGCGACGGCACGCGAGACCAAGCGCAGCUACGAGCAGGACUCGGAGGGGAAUGCGACGGGCACAGUGCGCAGCAGUUCGCUGCAAUUGGCCCGCAUCCUGCAGUAUCUGGAGUGUCCGCAGUAUUUGCGAAAAUACUUCUUUCCACUGCACAAGGACCUGAAGUACUCUGGCCUGUUGAAUCCUCUGGACACUCCCCACCAUCUGAGGCAGCAAAGCAAGUUUCGCUACCGCGAGGGUGUCAUCAGCGACAAGAAGGCCAAGGACGGACAAAGCUACGCCAACGUGGGUCUCCUCAACGAUGUUCUCGUGGACAAGGCUAUUGAGCCAGGGGUGCGUGUGACGGUGAAAAUGGAUCCAGCAAGCGACACAAGCAGAAAGCAGCGUGGAACUCUGGUUAGUCCGGAUGAGCCGCGCCGGGAGACGGGCGUCUACUGGGGCUACCAGGUGCGCAUCGCCCAUUCGCUGUCGGACAUAUUCACCAAAUCGCCAUACGAGAGCAGCUACGAUGUAACGCUGGGCACCUCUGAUCGCGGCACCAACGUCCAUGACGUACCCAACCGUUCCGUUCAGUACAAACACUUGCUCAUCGUCUUCGGGGGCCUGCAAGGUCUCGAAGAGGCGCUGGCCAACGAUGACAAGUUGACUGUGGAUGAUCCCGAAUUGCUGUUCGACCAUUAUGUGAAUGUCCUGCCCCGUCAAGGCUCGCGCACCAUUCGCACCGAGGAAGCGCUGCUCAUUGCCCUGGCGUCCCUGCAGGAGAAGCUGCAACCAGAGCUGGCCGACGUGGAGACCGAUCUGAGUGAUUUGCUGCCGCGUAGCGAGGACACCGGCAUUCCUAUGGGAAGGGAUGCACUGAUUAGCAAGAAGCAGAAGAAGCGGAAGCUCGUAGAGGAAGCGCCUGAUGAAACGGUGGCUGAUGAACCUGCACCAAAGGAACCUGAAACUCCAUCUCCAAAGAAAUUUGUCCCUAUCCCAAAGGCAGCUGUUGCCACACCAGCUAGGCUGUCAGCGAAUCCGUUUGGCGAUCCGUCAGCGACAAAAACCUCCGUGGAGGACGACUUUGAAGUGGUGCCCACAACAACCACCAGAUCCGCAUCCACCAUGAAAACAAAAGCCAGCGACAGCGAUGAUGAUUUAAGUCGUUUUGAUUGAGUUUAAUUUUUGAAAUUUUAUAUUUGUAAAUAUAUUGAACCGUAUUGCUUUUACUCGACACACACAUGCAUAUGCAUAU